UUAAGAUCAGGGGGGAUGCUGAGCCCUUCCAGUGACGCCAGUACAAAAAAAGCCUUAAUACAGGAACUGGGAGGGGCGGGGCUUGUGGUUCGCGUUGGAUCUCCCGUGGAUUACUGACAGUAACGGUCUGUCUGUAUUUCAUUCAUCCCCGGAACUGUGCACCUCGUACAACAGCCGUGACUCUUCGCAAGAUUCCGUCUCCUCCGACCACCGACAUCAAGGACACCACCACCGGCCAUCAUUCCCGCAGUUGUUUCAAGAUGAAGAUUGAUACCAGCCUGACUAUGCCCCAACUCCCAGAGGCCAUGUCCCAGGCUGGCCUACAGUUUGCUGUGGCCACUGAGGAGGACUUUGAUGAGAUCAUGGCUAUGAGCCAGGAUAUCUAUGGAGGCCUUGACUACUUGCCCACUAGAUACACCAGUUGGCUACAGGAGCCAAAUCGUACAGUCAUAUUGGCUCGCAAACAGGGAAAAGUGAUUGCUCUGGAGUCGGUGUGUGUGAUUGAUGAUGGGGAGACCAUGCUGGUGGAAGGUCUCCGUGUCGCCCCGCAGGAAAGGGGCAAGGGUGUGGCAGGAGUUCUGCUUCGUUUUUGCUCUGAAAUGGUCAAGUCCAAGUACCCAGAGGUCAAAGUGAGUCGUCUGACCCGUGAUGAUCAGCUUGGACCAAAGGACUUCCAGAAGUAUCGUAUCAUAACCAAGCAGGGUAUUCUGCUGGUGCGCUUCAGAGCAGAAGAUCUCAAGUUCCGUCUGACUGAGCUUGGUCUGGGUGGAAACACCUCCUCCUCUAAUUGUCCUCCAGUACUUCUUGACCAUACAGCUAUCCACCGGCUGUAUCUGACUACUGACCUAAUGCAGGGGGUCCUUCCUAAUGCCACCAUCAUUCAAGACUGGCAGCCAUUCAAGCCUUUGCCCAGUAACAUGGUCAUCCUCCUGAAGAAGGACAUAGAUUGGAUGGUGGAUGAUGUGUCCAGCCCUACCGUUGCAAGCCUGUGUACCUUCCCUUUCAGGGUGCCCAUUGGAGAUGACUGGUAUUACCUGAAUAUUGACAUGUUUGGUAAAGACCUGGACCUGGUACGGCAGCAGUUCUUGUGCCACCUGCAGAGCCACACCACCACCCUGAAGGGUCAUGUGAUGUGCCAGAUGUUCCUGGACCCACUGCUCUGGAAGCCUAUGGCCGAAUUCUGCCACAACACCUUAGGUGUGGAGCUGGUGAAGGAGUACACUGAGCAGUGCGUAGUGGAGUCAGACGUCAUUUAGUUACAGAAGGUGGAUGAAAAGGUGUAGAAGAUUAAGAAACCAGAAAGGAUUAAAGACAAGGGUCUAGACAACAAUGAAUGGACACAACUUAAUCACAUUUAAAAGAAAAACACCCCCUUUGUACUUAGGAGACAGAAACUAGGCAAAAUCAAACUUCUAACAAUGCAGUGAAACUUAAAAUAAACAUGCAAAUACAGAGCAUGGGGAAAACAAAUCACAAACACACCAUGUAAUCAGCUACAAUAGGUCUGUAACAAAUCAUUAAUUUGUUCCAGAGAUGUAUGGGUACAGAUAUUUUAUGUAAUAUUUUUAAGGCUGUGUAGUUUUGAGGUGUAGUUAAAAUUUAGUGCACACAAUAUAAAGAGGAGGGAUUUUAUAGCACAAACAUUUUUUUCUUAGAGGUCUUCAUGGGUCAAAAAUUUGGGUUUAAAAAAGGCCUAAUCUUAAAAAAGCCUUUAUGGAAAGUCAAACCUAGUUGAAUAGACCCAAGGGUGAUUUGGUCAGCUGGGUGCUUUUUAGCUGCAAAUUUAUUAUAUACUACCGAUGUGACUGAAUAGCAAUGUACUCCAGCGCAACACUACAAACUAUAGCCUCAAAAAUGAUCACAGACCUGGAUCAUCAUCUUAUUAGUUUGGCUUGAAUUUAAAGAAGAUCUAUUAUUCUUGUUUUUGUUGUACAUAAUUUUAAUUUGGGGCACUAAGGUUUACAGGCUCCAAUGUUCAGAAAAUGCUUUAGUUUCUUUAUUCUAUUCAUUGCUGCAGCAGCAGGAGAUUCAGC